UGCAAUCUAACAACACGUGCAAGUGUCCAAGGCUUGCGCGGCACUACUGCCGGGGAGGGCGAGGGUAAUUGAGGUGCAGACGGUUAGGCAGCAAGCCAGGUACAGGAAGUGGACUGUUGCUGAUUUGAUGAAUGAGAGUCGCCUAGAUUCAGGGAGUGGGGCUACUUUUCCGGUGCGGUGCUGCUCAGGUACAGUCUGCGGACUGACUGCAUGUGUGUGGGAUUGAGCUGCUUCUUCAGCUGGAUGCACGGUGCUGGGGAUCUGCCUGUCCCAGGCUGUGUGUGUGUGUGGACGAGGCAGCUGCGGUGGAAGUGCAAGAGUCACUUUUCUCUCUGUUUGACGGGAGCUCCACUUAAAAGUUGUGCAGAGUAACCAACCUUCCGGACCUGCCCCGCAGGCAGCUCGUUCGCCUUGGACAUGAACAGCACCGUUCCAGACUGGCAGAGGGCAGGAGAACAGCAGAGGGAGCUGCAGAAUUCUGGAAGAGGGCUUGAACAACUGAGCUGUGAUAAAUCAUAAGUCAUUCGAGCAGAAGUAGGCCAUUCGGCCUAUCGAGUCUACUCCGCUAAAUCACUAGGGUUUGCCACGUACUGCGGGCUGGCUGAUGGUGUACAGUCUCAAACCUCCAUCCAGACAAUGUGGCACGCAGCAGCGUGGCUGAUCAGGUUGAUCGUAACUGGAACCAUUUUCAGUUUACGGAGUGAUGCUGGGAUUGUUUCUGGAAAUACGAACAGAUUGGUGCAAAACCGGAUGAAGCGCCAGAUUGCCGACACCUUAUCAGAAGAGCAGCCGAAUGGUUUGUGGGGCGAGUGGGGUCCUUGGUCUGCUUGCACCAGGACAUGUGACGGAGGCGUAAUGCAGCAGACACGGCCCUGCCUUCUUCAGACGAGCCGGAGAAUUCAGCCUACAUUCCAGUAUGCAAGAGGAGAUCAGUCCCUACGGGUAUAUCACGUUCCUCGCGAGCAAGUACUGUCCACCGUUCGUCAUUCAGUACCCCUUCAUCGGAGUUCAGCCAGCAGGCUACCUGGAGCCAGCGUCAACCAAAUAUAUCACACGCCCAACAGGAGACCACAGAACACAGAGAGAUCAAGGAGAUUGCAGUCCGGAGGUUUUCAUCAAACCAGCUCCUCACGCUCCCUGCACAGUGAGCAAGACCAAGCGGACUUGUUCCGCUCAUACCAGCAGCAGGCGAGCACGAGAGUGCGAAGAUUGAGUAACUGGGGGCGGCUCUCUCGGCCUCAAAGCCAAGAUUCGCCUUUGCAGCAGAGAGAUGUGCCACAACCUUUUCAGCCACAGCUUGAAACCCGACUUCGAACGGAUGGACAAGCUGUGACAGAGCGAUUGAUAAAGCAACAGCUGCACAGGGUACCAAGGCAUCCCACUGCACAAGGCUUCAGUUGUCUUGGUGCUUUCAAACAGUCCAAGUCGUGUAACCCAGAGCCGUGCCCAGGUGGAAGUCGAGACUUUCGAGAGGUACAAUGCUCUGCUUAUAAUGACAAUGCUUUCACGGGAAAGUAUUACGAAUGGGAACCUCUUACUGAUGUAACAGAUGACCAAAAAUGUGAGUUGAACUGUAAAGCCAUUGGGUACAAGUUCUACAUCCGCCAUGCGCCUCAAGUCAUUGAUGGAACUCCUUGUGAACCUGGCUCUUUGAACAUUUGUGUCAAUGGACAGUGCAAGAGCCUCGGAUGCGAUGAGAUACUGGGCUCGAACAAAGUUAACGACAGAUGUGGUGUUUGCGGUGGUGACAACACCACAUGUAAAGUGAUAUCUGGAAUCUUCAAGCAGACCAUCAUGUCCGUGGGAUAUCAUAAGAUCCUCGAAAUUCCUGAGGGAGCAACGCAAAUUAAUGUCACUGAGAUGACCAAAAGCAGAAACUACCUGGCUUUGAGAAGUCACUUUGGUCAACCCAUCAUCAAUGGAAACUGGGCCAUAGAUAGGCCAGGCACCUACGAGGCUGCAGGAACUUUGUUCAAGUACAAGAGGCCAAAUGAGAUCAGCACCACAGCGGGGGAAUCCUUCAUUGCCGACGGGCCAACGAGUGAUAUUCUGAAUGUCUACGUGAUAUAUCAACAAGCAAACCCAAAAGUGCAUUUUGAAUACGUUUUGCCAACUGACAACGUUGUCAGCAGCCAUUCUCUGUCACUUACUACGGGUCGUCAUUUAGAAGAAGCUCUCAAUGGUCAGUUGGCGUACGGCGUCGAUGGUGGCGUGUACGUUCUCCGCGAAAGAGAUGUGGGAAACUUUGUAAGCGGGGUCCAUGCGAAUCAGCUGCAGUCCAGAGAAUACCAGAAGAACCCUGAAGAAAGUGGGAACUCCUGGGGAGAAGGGUCACGGAAAAAGCGUGAUUUCAACUGGAAACAGGUUGGAAGCACGGAAUGCACUGUCACUUGCGGUAAAGGGAGCCGUGUUCUCAUUUUUAAGUGUGUUAACAGGAAUACACAUGAAGAAGUAUCUGAAAACUUGUGUGAAAUUACAAUGAGGCCAACACCAGAGGAGGAAGCUUGCAACACACAGCCAUGCCCAGCUUACUGGGACCUGGGUGAAUGGUCUGAAUGCAGCAAGACAUGUGGACCUGGGAUACAACAUCGGCAGGUUCUUUGCAGACAGGUCUACACCAAUCGAACGACCAGUGUGCAGCCUGAAAGAUGCCGGCACCUCGAGAGACCUGAAACGACAACCACUUGCCAGUUGAAAAUCUGCAGUGAGUGGCACAUCAGGACAGAGUGGAGCGAGUGCUCGGUGCCUUGCGGAGUGGGGCAGCGCCUCCGGGAUGUAAAGUGCAUCGACAACCUUGGCGACAUUGUUGACGAUGAAGAAUGCAACAUGCAGUUGAAGCCUGCCGAUACCGAAAAUUGUGACAGGGGCCCUUGCGCAAAGAGUUGGUUCCACACAGAUUGGAGUCCAAGGUGUUCUGCAGAGUGUGGGAACGGCAUCCAAACGAGGUCAUUGGUGUGUUUGAUGAAUCACAUCAGUAGUUUACCUUUAGAAGGCUGUGGAAAUGAAAAGCCAGCAGAUGUCCAAACUUGCAACAUUGGUCCAUGCAAUGAGAACUUUAGCUGGUUUACUGGGCCAUGGAGCCAGUGCUCGGCAGACUGCAGCAAUGGAACACAACUGCGCAGUGUGGUCUGCCUGGAAAAGACCGACGAAACAGUAAAGGUGGCGGAAGACACUCAGUGCUCCCACCUGGUGAGGCCAGCCUCAGAACAGAUCUGUCACCUGAGGAAAUGUGACGUCAAAUGGUACACAACAGAGUGGAGUGCAUGCUCUAAAUCAUGUGAAAGUGGCUACCGGGUUCGGGAAGUUCGAUGCCUUGCCGAUGACAUGACACAAAGCGACAAUUGUGAUUCCUUCCUAAUGCCAGAUGAUAAAGAAAUUUGCAAUACCCACACAUGUAUACCAGAGAUAGAUGAAAAUUGCAGGGACAUGUACUUCAACUGUAAUGUUGUGGUCCAAGCCAGACUCUGUGUCUAUACAUACUACAAGACAGCGUGCUGUGCAUCCUGUGCCAAGGCCAGAAGAAGAGCUGCCCAACUCAGAAGGAGAUAACUGCCCUUUCUCAACAACCAGACUCCCUCACAGAUCGUGAUGCAGUAACAUUAACCGUAGGAGCACUUGCAGACUCUACUGUGUUGACAACAUCAUAAUUGCAACAAAAAAGAUGGUCAAAUUUAGUCAGAUGCGGCUAGUUUAUAAAGAGGAAAUAUACUGUAUAGUAUUAAUAUAAUCUUACACCAUUUUCAUGCUGGUCUUUGGUCAAAAUACUGAUUUUCUUGUUAAUUUACUGUUUUAGAAAUAUGAAAUGCAUUCUACAAAUGAACAAAAUGUAUUCAUAAUAGGUUUUUGGGGGAUCUCCCUUUGCAGAAGAAACAACUACAAGCAUUUGCAUUGAACUCUUUUAUUGAAAUUUAGUCCUGUUGAAGUACCAGGGACCAAAUCUAAGAAAGGGGAUUCAAUGGGCACAAUUACUACAUUGCAUAUUUAAUACAGCGCAAGAAAAAUCUCAAAUUUUAAAAGGCUGGUUAGAGAAAGCAUGCAUCACAUUUCAAGAACCUCUUUCUUUUCCUUGGCCAAAUUUCAUCUUUAGUAUAGUUCUCAAUUCAAGGUUCAUCUGUAGAUUUAUUUUUAAUUUACUGAUAAACAAUUUGUUCACAUGAUAUUAAUGCAGCAUCUUACAAAUAUUGACGUGAAUUGUGCCACUAAGGCAAUGUUUCCAACUCUUAUACAGUAGAAUUCACUUCUCUAGCUUCAUGUGCUCAUUCCAUCUAUUAGCGUUUAACGUCCUAUCUGGACGUUCAUCAGAAGAUUACUAACAUUGGCUUGCAAUUACUUUGUCAGGAUCAAUAAGUUCAGUUGGAGACGGAGCUGACAGAUGUUGGAACCAAACCUCCCACUGUUUACAAAACCAUUCAAAAAAUGAAGUGAUCAAAUGGUUUCCUUGCUCAUUCUUCCAUGCAUUUAUUGAAUUGCGAAAUGUUGUAGGAAGUGAGAUAUAAAAGCUAAUGAUUACUUAAUUUAAAACCAAUGUCUCUGGUGAAGUCAUAUUUGGGAUUGAAAAUGUCCCCUUUUUUUCAUCCUUGUGGCACUUUAUAUCCCAUAGUCCAUUCUCCACCAUUACCCUGACUUUGUUCAUGUGCACAAGAGUUUUAAUGCUGUAAUUAAACUGUCAACCAUGUAGUAAGUCCCCUCCUGAUGUCCAUCUCCACAGUAUAUGAUUUCUUCAACCAAAACCCAUGUUGCUGAUACAUCAACACUCCCAUUAUGCCAUUCAAUGGUUAUCUGACCAGUUGCACUAUUGCAGCUUUUAUUUACCUUGGUUGAGAAAUGUUUUAUAUCAUUUGUUAUAACUCCACAACUUUGCAUUAAAUCUGAAGAAGGAGAUUAGAAAAAAAUGAGCAACAUCCCCAGCGAGAGAUAUUAUAUUAGGGAAUAAAGUCGUACCAGAGACAUUAAUCAUAUUCUUUAAGUCUGUCUUCACAGUUGGAAAUUAAUUGCAAAAUCUAUAGUGCAAGCCAGAGAUAGAAGAAAAUAUUAUUUGUAAUAAAAUAGUACAAGAAAAAUGAAUGAACUAAAAACAAGCAGUUCCCUGGACACGAUGGCCAAUAUCGUGGGGUUUUAGAAAACAUGUUAGAUAUUUAGAAUCGUAGAGUUAGACAUAGACACAGGACCUUUGCCCAUCACUACAAUACUGACUUUUCGGCCCAAGAUAUGGUUCUAUCUUUCAGAAUUCCCUGACUUUUGGAGUGAUUCCCAAAGAUUGGAAAAUAGCAAACAUAAUCUCACUUAUUGUGAAAGGAGGGCAAAAUAAAGCAAAAUUACAGUCCAGUAUAUGUGAUGCCAAUAGUAAGGAGAAUGCUCAAGUUUUUCAUUAGGGGCAAUAAUAACAACACCUUCAUUCUUCAUGUGAUUUCAUGGUCAAUGUGGAUUUAUGAGAAGUAAAUUGUAUUUGAUUCAUGUGUUAGAACUUUUUGAGUUUGUAAAUAAUGGGGGUUAAUAAAGGGAAAUCAGUGGA